AUGAACGCUACUUGUUAUAAUAUCACGGCGAACGCUUCCGUGGCCGCUGUCCCGUCGAGUGCCGACUGGAAUUUCUCGGCGAUCUCCCGCUUGGUCUGGUUCAUUCUGCUACUGGUUCUCAAUGAUUCCAUGCUACUAUUUCUUGUCCUCCACAAAACACUGCGCACCGGAUUCAACGUGUAUCUCAUUGGGCUUUUGUCUACGAAUGUGUUCUACGGUGUUUUGCAAUAUCCAUCAGAAAUUCUGGAGGCGCUGUACAUGCACUGGUGGAUGUCCAGAGGCGCCUGUAGCUUGUCCCUGUACAAUCUCUGGGUGUUGGAUAGUGUGACCAAGCACAUGCACGUUCUCAUCACCGUCAAUCGCCUGUGGGCGUUGACCUUUCCCUUGUCAUACCGCAAUCAGCACAACACUAAAGUGGCGUGUCUGCUGACCGUCGGCAUGUUCUCCUAA